AUGGCGUCAAAGGCAGCGGGUGAGGGGGAAGGCAGCCGCGGGCGUGGGGCUCCGAGAGCAGCGGCUUUUUGUGGCUGGAGCGGAGAGGCGGCAGUGCGCCCCGUUGAAAAAGGGGGAUGGUGCUGUGGCUCAGUGCUUUGUUUUAAAUUUCAGGUCCAGCCUUGGCAGCACAUUCGCUUUCGGAUUUUUCUGCUGCAGCCUGAGUUCAUCAUGAAGGCCCUUGAUGAACCGCCAUAUUUGACAGUAGGCACUGAUGUGAGUGCAAAAUAUAGAGGUGCCUUUUGUGAAGCCAAGAUAAAAACAGCAAAAAGACUAGUUAAAGUCAAGGUAACAUUUAGGCAUGAUUCAUCAACUUUAGAAGUUCAGGAUGAUCACAUAAAAGGCCCUUUAAAGGUAGGAACUGUGGUGGAAGUCAGGAAUCCAGAUGGAGCUUAUCAGGAGGCUGUCAUCAAUAAAUUAACAGAUGCUAGCUGGUAUACUGUAGUAUUUGAUGAUGGAGAUGAGAAAACUCUUAGACGCUCUUCACUUUGCCUAAAAGGAGAAAGACAUUUUGCUGAAAGUGAGACAUUAGAUCAGCUCCCUCUUACCAACCCUGAACAUUUUGGGACUCCUGUCAUUGGAAAGAAAACUAAUAGAGGAAGAAGAUCUAAUCACAUCCCAGAAGAAGAAUCUUCCUCAUCCUCAAGUGAUGAGGAUGAAGAUGACAGAAAACAAACUGAUGAAUUAUUAGGAAAAGUUGUAUGCGUAGAAACUGUUAGUACGGAUAAAAAGAAAAAUAUUUGGUUUCCAGGUUUGGUGGUUUGUCCAGAUUGCAGUGAUGAAGUUGCAGUAAAGAAAGAUAAUGUUCUUGUUCGUUCUUUCAAGGAUGGCAAGUUCUCUUCAGUAUCAAGAAAAGAUGUACGGGAAAUUAGUGAAUCUUCACCAAGACCUGAUGCUGCAUUAAAACAAGCUUUCGAUCAGGCCUUAGAAUUCUGUAAAAAUAGAACUGUUCCUAGUAACUGGAAGACCGAGUUGAAAGAAGAAAGUUCCAGUAGUGAAGCAGAAGAGGAGGAUGAAGAUGAAAAGGAAAAAGAAGAUAAUAGCAGUGAAGAAGAGGAAGAAAUAGAACCCUUUCCUGAAGAAAGAGAUAACUUUCUGCAACAACUUUAUAAAUUUAUGGAAGAUAGAGGGACUCCUAUUAAUAAACGACCUGUCCUUGGAUACAGAAAUUUGAAUCUCUUCAAAUUAUUCAGACUUGUUCAUAAACUUGGAGGAUUUGAUAAUAUUGAAAGUGGAGCUGUCUGGAAGCAAGUAUAUCAGGACCUUGGUAUCCCCGUCUUGAAUUCUGCUGCUGGAUAUAAUGUUAAAUGUGCUUACAAAAAGUAUCUCUAUGGCUUUGAAGAGUAUUGCACAUCAGCUAAUGUUGAAUUUAAAAUGGCACUGCCAGAGAAAACAUCAAGCAAAUCCUGUAAGGAGCAUGAACAAGAGGUGAAAAAGCAGGAAGAAGUUGAGCUAAACAUAAAAGAAACAAAGGUGAAGAAUGAAGAAAAAGAUGAUGAAAUAACAGCAAUGAACAAACAAGUCAUACUAGCUGAGAAUGAGACUGAAAAAAAAGAAAAUGAUAAAACUCCAUCUUUGGGGAUUCAAAAAUGUUUUCAGGAGCCUCCAAAUGACCAGGAGAAAGAGUUAAGAAUAACCAUAACAAAUGAUGAAGCCAAUGUGGAAUGUAACGAAGACACAGAAUGUAAAAAUCUGGAAAAUCAGAGCACCAUUCCAGAAACUGAAGAGAGAGAGAUAGCAAACGAUGUCACCAUUAAGGAAGAAGAUGAAGAUGAAGAAGGAGAAGAGGAGGAGGAAGAAGAUGAGGAGGAGGAGGAGGAGGAAGAUGACAAAAAUGAAGAGGAAGAGUUUGAGUGUUAUCCACCAGGCAUGAAAGUCCAAGUGCGGUAUGGACGAGGGAAAAGUCAAAAAAUGUAUGAAGCUAGUGUUAAAGAUUCUGAUAUUGAAGGUGGAGAAGUCCUUUACUUGGUGCACUACUGCGGAUGGAAUGUGAGGUAUGAUGAAUGGAUAAAAGCGGACAAGAUAGUGAGACCAGCAGACAAAAAUGUACCCAAAAUAAAGCAUCGGAAGAAAAUAAAGAAUAAAGCUGAUAAAGAUGAGAAAUAUUCCCCCAAAGCAUUUAAAUUACGCCGUUCAUCGAAACCACCAUUUCAUGUUGGUAUAUCACCUGAGAUGGCAUCCAAACCUGACAUCGCUGAAGCCAAAACUUCUGAACUAGCUCCAAAUAAAUCUUUAGAGAUUAUUUCUAUCCUUAAUGGACUGCAAGGUAAUGAGCACAAAAAAGUAUUUCUUUCUGAGAGGAACAAAUCCAAGUCCUUGAUCUUCAUGACAGUCCAAAGUAAGGAUGAAAAAUCAAAUGGCAAAGAUGUACUUAGCUUGGAAAACAGCAGUAAUAGUUCUUCAGAUGAAGAUGAAGUAAAAAAUAAGUUAAAAUUAACACCUAAUAAGAAGUAUAAUGGGUUAGAUGAUAAAAGAAAAUCUUUACGGACAAAUGCUUUUUAUCCUGGGUUCUCUGAAGUGUCAGAGAAGAGAAUAAAGCUUCUAAGUAACUCUGAUGAAAGGCUUCAGAAUACCAGAGCAAAAGACCGGAAAGAUGUGUGGUCAAGUAUUCAGGGACAAUGGCCUAAAAAGACUCUCAAGGAACUUUUUUCAGAUUCUGAUACAGAAGCAGCAGCUUCUCCACCCCAUGCUUCUCCUGAGGAGGCAACACCAGAGGAGCAUCUGCAAACCCUUGAAGAAGAGGAUACCUCUUUGCCUAGUUCUAAAGUUGAAAGACCUUUGCCACUAAGCACAGAUACAAAACCUGUCGAAGAAAAGCCAGCGGAAAUGAAUGACAAGAAAGUUGAAUUCCCAAGUAGUGGCAGUAAUUCGGUUCUAAACACCCCACCCACUACACCUGAGUCACCUCCAUCUGUAACGGUAGCAGAUUCCAGCAGGCAUCAGUCGGGCAUAUCUAUUUCUGAAACUCUGGCACCGAGUCAAGAAGAAGUACGAAGCAUCAAGAGUGAAACAGAUAGCACAAUUGAGGUGGACAGUAUUGUAGGAGAACUGCAGGACCUUCAGUCGGAAGGAAAUGUAUCUCCUACAGGCUUUGAUGCCAGUGUCAGCUCCAGCAGCAGUAAUCAACCAGAACACACUGAGAAAGCUUGUACAGGCCAGAAAAGACUUAAAGAUAGCCAGGGUGGUGGUCCCUCGAAAAAGCAGAAAAGAAGUCAUAAAUCAUCUGUGGUGAACAACAAAAAAAAGAACAAAAGUACAAACAGUAGUGAUAGUGAAGAACUUUCUGCUGGAGAAAGUAUUACCAAAUCGCAGCCAGCAAAAUCAGUUUCUACAGGGGUGAAAUCUCAGCAUACAAAAGCUCCAGCUAGAACGCAGUCUCCUGGAAAAUGUGGGAAAAAUGGAGAAAAAGAUUCUGAUCUCAAAGAACAGAACAGUCGUUUGCCAAAACUUUACAAAUGGAGUUUCCAAUUAUCUGACUUAGAAAAUAUGACCAGUGCAGAACGCAUUGCAAUCCUUCAAGAAAAACUUCAGGAAAUCAGGAAACACUACAUGUCUUUAAAAUCUGAAGUGGCUUCCAUUGAUAGAAGAAGAAAGCGUUUGAAGAAAAAAGAGCGGGAAAGUGCUGCUACCACAUCCUCCUCCUCUUCCUCACCUUCCUCCAGUACCAUUACGGCAGCAGUUAUGUUAAGUUUAGCAGACCCACCCGUGUCCAAUUCAUCACAGAACGGAAUGUCAGUCGAGUGCAGGUGACAGCAAGACUUGCCGAAGCACUUUGCACUUAAAGGCUGCUGAGAGCCACUUUUUAUACUGCACAGUGGCACAAAAUUCAGACAAGCACUAUUUUGUAUUUAAAAAAAAUCUUGACAAGCUAACUUUGCACUUAAGUGCACUUUUAUGAAGAAAAAGUACAACAGACUGCUUUUCCUCAAGCAAUAAUUGUUUCCAACUUGUCUGGGAAUUGUAUGUUGAAUGAAUUGAAGGCCUUCCACUGUGGCAAAUGGAAGUUGUUCACUGCCAGUAGAAUCAGUGUGGUAAGCAUGCAGUUGUUGGGUAGGCCAAAUCAAAACAUUAAAGUGGCUUACUGUUCACGUAUUCCCUGGUAUUUUGUUAAAGCUGGAACAUUUGAUAUUUUUCCAUUCUUUAGGAAAAAUGAACCUAUUUUCAUUUUUACAAGAUAAUUGUUUUUUAACUGUUGCCUUAAUGGUGACUGUAACUGUACAAGUCAAGCACAGGUAAUUCAGUUCCAAACCUGCCGUUAACAGGAUGUUUCUCAUCAGAUUGACAACCAAAUAUAAGGGUUCUGCUUAAAAGGCUGACUAAAUGUUUACAGGUUUGAAUUAGGCAAAAUAGGUUAUCGUGGGUUUUUGAUAGCCCACGAAUUGGAAUGAAACUACUGUACUUUGCCAUUUUUCUAUGAAUCAGUAUUUUUUUUAAUUUUGAUAAAAUACAUUGUGAAAAAAGGAAGAAAACGGCUAACAAACUGUAUUAAAUCUUAAUGUACAAAGAUUGUAUUUAGCCAGUUUAAAGUGUAUAUUUAUUCAUAAUGAAUUAUAACACUUAUAUUUUUGUGUUUUCUUGUAAAAGUUUCUUUUCAGUUUAAAGCAACAAAUAUUUCAUUAGUAAUGCUUAUUUUAUUAUGAGCUGCAAUUGAGAGAGGUCUUCAAGAAGGAGUAAAGGGUGUUAAUAUUAAGUCCUUGUUGAGAAGAACAUUGCCACAAAGGGAUAGUUGUUUAUAAUAUAAAUAGCUAACUGAGUGGUUGAAAUGAAAUUUUUGUUUUAAUUGCCUUGUAAAAAAUCCAAAAUCAAUUCAGCUGUUUUCACUUCUAUGACUUUUAUGUUGUUAUCGAACCCAUGCCCUCUCGUUUGGCACUUGUAUUUAAUUACACAACUUUGUAAGACAUUUGUAUAUUGCGGGAGUGUUCAUUCGAGCUAUUUAAUACCUGGCACUGUUAAUACACAGUACUUUACUGUACAGAUUGUUUUACUGUUUUAAUUGUAGUUCUGUGUACUUCUUUUGGCUGGGCUUAUGGGGGCUGGCAUGUUUUUUUUUUUUUCUUUUUCUGGCAAUACAACAUGUAAGAAUUUCAAACAUUCUGUUUGUAGAUGCUAGAGUGUCCGAAUCUUUACAUUUGACUUUUCUAAGAAAAGCAUUUUCAGUCUUAGUAGUGUGUGCUUUAAAGGUAACUGAUUUUAUUGAAAAUGGUUUCAAACGCUUCAUAUGUACAGGACUGUAAAAAUUGUUGACAAACAUUGAAGGAAAGGCAUAUAAAGAAAAGCUAUAAAAUAUAUAUUAGGUUCUGCAGACAAUGGAAUUAUGUAAUAUAUUGUACAAAUGUAAGCAAAGGCCUCUGAAAUAAAAUGCCAUAGUUUGUGAA